AUGGAGGGGCUCUUAAAACUGUCGACGUUGGUGAUUGUGUGCAUGUUAGUGUCCGCUCCAAUGGCGUCCGAGGCAGCCAUCUCUUGCGGCGCAGUGGCCAGCAACUUAGGCCAAUGCAUUAACUACCUGACCCGAGGUGGUUUUAUUCCUAGAGGGUGCUGUUCUGGCGUUAGGAGGCUCAACAGCAUGGCUCGUACCACCCGUGACCGCCAACAAGCUUGUCGCUGCAUCCAAGGAGCAGCUAGAGCCUUAGGUUCGAGACUCAACGCGGGACGUGCUGCUCAUCUUCCUGGUGCUUGCCGUGUUAGGAUCGGUUACCCCAUCAGCGCAAGAACCAACUGUAACAAGUAA